AUUAUGCUGCUUGAAGUAUUCCUGGUUCUGGGAGCGGUCAUCAUCUACUUCUUGCUUUCCAAGAAGAAAGAAGAGAUAUUACCCUUCAAAGAGGGAUGGUGGGGCAAGGGACAAAAGCCUGACACUGAAGAAGAUACAACUAUUUUGCCAUUUAAGGUGGAAACUACAGAAGAAGAGCUGAGUGACUUAUUUAGGAGACUUGACCAGGCUCGAUUCACUGAGCCACUGGAGAACAGUUGCUUCCAUUAUGGGACUAACUCGGUGUAUCUCAGGAAGGUUGUCUCCUACUGGAAAAACCAGUUCAAUUGGAAGAAACAAGUUGAAGUCCUCAACAAGUACCCACAAUUCAAAACUAAGAUUCAAGGCAUUGAUAUCCAUUUUGUUCACGUAAAGCCUCCUCGUUUGCCUGAAGGCCAGUCUGCAAAGCCAUUAUUAAUGGUUCAUGGUUGGCCUGGCUCAUUUUAUGAGUUUUACAAAAUCAUCCCUCUCCUGACGGAUCCUGCAAGCCAUGGCCUCAGUGAUGAACACGUUUUUGAAGUCAUUUGCCCAUCUAUCCCAGGUUAUGGUUUCUCAGAAGCACCCCACAAAAAAGACUUCAAUUCUGUAAGUGCCGCUUCUAUUUUUUAUGAAUUGAUGCUCAGACUGGGAUUCAACGAAUUCUAUGCACAAGGUGGUGACUGGGGCUGGCUCAUCUGCACCAAUCUGGCCCAGAUGGCUCCCAACCAUAUGAAAGGUCUCCAUUUAAAUCUAGCCUCAGUUACAAACAUGGGAUUCACUCACCUGCUCUCCAUUCUGCUGGGCCGCUAUCUUCCCGGGCUCUUCGGUUUCCAGGAUGAAGAUGUUAGGCGGAUGUUUCCCUUCUUGAAAAAAGUGCUCUACAGGAUCUUGUUGGAGUCUGGCUACGCUCACAUACAGGCUACAAAACCUGAUACUGUUGGCUGUGGUUUGAAUGACUCUCCUGUAGGACUGGCUGCAUACAUCUUGGAGAAGUUUUCUACAUGGACUGAUCUGGAAUUCCAUAAUUUAGAGGAUGGAGGAGUAGAGAGGAAGUUUAACCUGGAUGAUCUGCUCACCAAUAUCAUGAUCUACUGGGUGUCAGGCUGUAUAGUCUCCUCAAUGCGUUUUUACAAAGAAAAUUUGCAGAAGGGGAUAGGCACACAGAAACAUGAAAGGCUCACAGUACAAGUACCUACUGGCAUUGCCUCCUUCCCUAAUGAAGUCAUGCACACACCCCAGGCCUGGGCCCAGAAGAAAUACACCAACAUAGUUUCCUUCAAUUUCAUGCCUCGAGGUGGCCACUUCGCAGCUUUGGAGGAACCUGAACUUCUUGCUGAAGACAUUCUGCAAUUUGUUGGGAAAGUCGAGAAAGAGCAACUUUGGAGAAAGAAAGGAGAAUAAUUCCCCUAACAAACAGGAGGGUAAUUGCUUUAGCUUAGCACAGGUGCAGGCCUUACUAAAUCUACUGUAAUCCAUAUAAUUAGAUCUUAUUCUCGACCAGAUGUGAGAGAGGACAGCAAGAAA